UGGAUGAGUGGGGGACACACCCUAAACUUACUCAAUGCAAAAAUAAAAACCCUCUUCCUUCGAAAUUAUUGAGUGACUGAAAGUAAAAGACAGUGACAGAUCAAAAAAGAAAGAAAACCCCUCUUCUUUCUUCUUUAUCUCUCCACUGUUCUUGAAUUUCAGUACCCACAUUGCUUACUUUUCUGAGUCUCCAAAAUCAAAGAUUACCCAUCACAAAAUUCCCAAUCGAGAUUCAUGGGUUCUUUUUCUCCUUAAAUUUUCCCUUUCGUCUCUGAAGGCAGAUUCUAAAAGCAAAAACAUAAUUUGUUCAUGAGGUUUUCCCCAUAGCUUCAACCUUGUAAUCUGUGUCUGAUUUUGAGAGUUUCUUGUGCAUUUGAAGAUGCCUAGACCUGGACCAAGACCUUAUGAAUGCGUUAGAAGAGCUUGGCACAGUGAUAGACAUCAACCCAUGAGGGGUUCUCUCAUUCAAGAAAUCUUUAGGGUUGUGAAUGAGAUCCAUAGCUUAGCAACCAGGAAGAACAAAGAAUGGCAAGAUAAGCUCCCAAUUGUCGUUCUAAAAGUUGAAGAAAUCAUGUACUCUAAAGCUAAUUCUGAGGCAGAGUAUAUGGAUCUUGAAACCCUUUGGGAUAGAGCUAAUGAUGCCAUUAACACAAUAAUCAGGUUGGAUGAGAGUACUGAAACUGGGGUUUUCUUGCAGCCUUGUAUUGAAGCUGCUCUUAAUCUGGGUUGCACACCAAUGAGGACAUCAAGGAGCCAGCGGAAUAAUACUUCGACUUACUACCUUAGCAUCAAGAAUCCAGAGCCUAAUUUCUGUCCUGCAAACAAUUUACACAAGACAACCCAAGAAACUCCAAUUACAGCUACUCCUUUCGUAUCUCACUAUUCCCAAAUCAUGAAGCCCCCUAGCAUCAAUUUGUCUCCUUUUAUUCUAAAAUCCCAAAUCCCUAUUCUCCCAAACGAUAAAUCUCUCAGAAACAAAUUCUCUUUUCAAUCUCCACCGAGUGAUAAGCCCUAUCUCUGCCAAAGUACUAAACCUCCAUCAGUGUAUCCUCUGUAUUACGGAAAUGGUAUUGAACUUAAGGAUCCAAAGAUCGGUUAUGGUGCACCUUCGGAGCCAUAUUGUGAGCUCAAAGAAAAUGGUGAAGUGGGGUUCAUUCAAAAAUCUUCUUUUUGUAAUCCCCUAAGUAUAAACGAUGCUACUCAAGCUGAUCUGAGAUUCACAGGUGAAGAACACUUGCAUGGUCAUGAAUGCGACUUGUCAUUGAGAUUAGGUCCUUCGACGAUGAAAACUAGUCAGCAGGCUGAAACCCAUGAUGCGGGCAAUUUCAAUAACUCACUAUCAAGAAAAUGGAGUUAUGAAAGUGAAAAUUUGGAUGUGGAGGCUAGAAUGAGGAAAAGGAAAGCCGUGGUUAGUAACCUCUAUGAGAACUUACAGUUUUGCUGGCGGCCAAAGGUUUCUUCUGCUAACUCUAAUGGUGGAUCCUUGACAAAUGCAGGUUUGUAGCUUAAACUUUUGCUUGUUUAGGUUUGUUUUUAAGAGUUUGCAAGUAGUAUUGGCUUUAGUUGUACAUUUGAACCCUACUUGUAAUCUGACAAGCACUCUUCCAUCUACUAGUUUCUUGCUCAUGAGUUCUUUGAGAAGCAUCUCUUGAAUCAAGAUUGAAGAAGUUUUGCCU